AAGUGUCACAAAAAUACGCAAUCAAUGGGUCCAAAUUCCCUCCUGUAAACUCGCCCAACACACUCACGAGAGAGAAGUUUGAUCUCUCACACCCUCCAACCUCAACCCACCAACUUAAUUUUCUUUCUUUAUUCCACAAUUUUCUUUUCCCGGGAAAAAAAAAAGAAAAAGAAAAAAGAAAAAAAAAGUUCCAGAGCAAAUCUGGGGACAGUACAAUUUUCAUCUAUAGUUUUGGAAACAAUACAAGCACACAAUCACUUGACUGGUUUUAGUAAUUCAUGACAAGUUUGGGGUGGUGGCAGAGGAAGUCCACCAUAAUCAUGAACUGUUGAUCUCCCAAUUCCAGAAGAACUAGAUCUGAAUCUCAUGGAUCAUCAUCAUCAUCAUCAUCAUCAGGAUGGAUGAGGUACCUGGGUCUGUGGGGACCAGUGCUGGUUUUGCUUUGAGAUUGGGCCAAACAGUCUUCUCUUCUGCUUCUCUGCUUUUCAUGUCCUUGGGUGUAGAGUUCUACAGCUACACUGCCUUCUGCUUCUUGGUAACAAUUAUGGGUUUAGUAAUCCCAUGGAGUUUCACUCUGGCACUGGUUGAUGGAUACUCUGUUCUGGUUAAGUGCCCUCCCCGUCAGCCUGGCAUCCUACUAACUGUUGUGGUUGGAGACUGGGUGUUAUCCUUUCUCACGCUGGCUGCCGCCUGCUCAACGACAAGCGUGGUGGAUAUUCUACUGAAGGCGAACAACAGGUCAUUUUGCCCUCCAAAGUUGUGCACCAGAUAUCAGGUAGCUGCAGUCAUGGCAUUUCUGUCAUGGUUUCUUUCGGUAGCUUCCUCUCUUUUCAAUCUCUGGCUACUUCCUUCCUUGUGAUGAUGGAUGAUCCCGUUCAUUGCGCUUCUCUGUUGUCUCUUCAAAAUUCUGUAUAAUUAUAUGUGAGUACUAAGCAGCAUUAAAAUCGUACCUAUUCAUUCCAUGAUCAUGUUUUUAGUCUGAAUCUUGUAUAUAGAUAUAUUGUUCAAAAUUUUGACAAAUAGGUAAUCUCAAAUGUACCAAAAAAAUAUAACUAAAUAAAUAAAAAGUUGUGGAUGGAUGGGUUAGUUUAA